UGCAAUUUCGCUUUCUCUUCACCUGAAUCACACGAAAGAAGAAACCAAAACCAAAAGAGAAGAACAAAAAAACAGAGACAGUUUCUUCGGUGAUAAGAAAAAUCAAAUUAGCUCAAUCCCUAAAAGUUUUCGUCAAUGUCUUCUCGUCGUAGAGUUCUUCUUAAGGUUAUCAUUCUCGGUGACAGCGGAGUUGGGAAGACUUCGUUGAUGAAUCAGUUUGUGAAUCGCAAAUUUAGUAAUCAGUAUAAAGCGACGAUUGGAGCAGAUUUUUUGACUAAAGAGGUUCAGAUUGAUGACAGAAUCUUCACUUUACAGAUUUGGGAUACUGCUGGGCAAGAGAGAUUUCAAAGUUUGGGAGUUGCGUUUUACAGAGGAGCAGAUUGUUGUGUUCUUGUGUAUGAUGUCAAUGUUAUGAAAUCUUUUGAUAAUCUUAAUAACUGGAGGGAAGAGUUCUUGAUUCAGGCUAGUCCUUCGGAUCCUGAAAACUUCCCAUUUGUCGUGUUGGGGAACAAGACUGAUGUUGACGGUGGAAAGAGCAGAGUGGUUUCUGAGAAAAAGGCAAAGGCAUGGUGUGCUUCUAAAGGAAACAUUCCUUACUUUGAGACUUCCGCCAAAGAAGGGUUCAAUGUGGAUGCGGCUUUCGAAUGCAUAACCAAAAAUGCUUUCAAGAAUGAACCUGAAGAAGAACCGUACCUUCCCGACACCAUUGAUAUUGCCGGAGGUCAGCAACAAAGAUCAACAGGGUGUGAAUGCUAAAUCAAGCAAAAGUUUGUUGCAGAGGAUACCCACAUUUCGUUUUCUUUGGCACAUUUGAUUUUGUACCAUACAAUAUAACUUCCGGAAAUGUAAUUUCAAAAUUCAUUAAGUUACGGAUUGUAACGAAUUGGGCUCCUUUUAUUUUGGGUUCCAUACAAUAUCAAAUUCAAAAUCAUGUAAUGUGUCACAAAAAUUAUCAUCUAUGAUAUUUUUCUGUCUCUUA